CUACCUAGGAGGAGAGUCAGAUAAAAGGGAGGAAGCACAGCAUAACUGACAGGAGAGCAGAGUGCAGAAAACAGCACAGGAGCUGAACCUUUUCACUGUAAGAUCAUAGAGCAGUUGAAAAGUGGCAGAGGUCAUGAUGGACUCUGAUGUACUUUCCUGUAAAGACUGUACAUCCCGGCAGGGGCUCCUGCUCACAGUCUCCCUUUUAACAUGCUGGCUGCUUCCCACUACUGCCCAGAUCAGUAUUGAAUCAGUGCCUCCCAUCGCUGUUGAAGGGGAUAAUGUUCUGCUCUUAGUGCAAAACUUGCCGGAGGAUGUUCAAUCCCUUUCCUGGUACACAGGAGGUAAACCACUCAAGAGGUUUGAAAUUGCAAGACAUGUGAUAGCUACCAAUUCUAGUGUGCCGGGACCUGCACACAGUGGUAGACAGACAGUACUCAACAGUGGAUCUCUGCUGAUCAAGAGUGUCACCAGAAAAGACUUGGGAUACUACACUCUACAAAUACUUGAUACAACCUCAAGACGUGAAAUAACACGUGCAGAAUUCUUUGUACAGAGCCCAAUUUUAGGCUUCAGGAAGCAUCCUACUGCUUCUCAACUUAAAAUUGAGUUUGUACCACCUAGGAUUGAAGAAAACUAUGAUAUUCUUCUGCUGGUUUAUAAUCUGCCAGAGAAUCUUCAAGGCUUUGUCUGGCACAAAGGAGUAUUUCCACUUGACCAUUUGAAGAUAGCAAGCCAUUCAUUCCUCACCAAUUCAACCAUGCUGGGGCGCACAUAUUAUGACAGACUGACAGUAUGCAAUGAUGGAUCCCUGCUGCUCUCGAAUGUCUCACAGGAAGACACAGGACUUUACAGCCUACGAACCAUACCUGUGGAUUUGAUAUCAGAAUCUGCCACUGGGUACCUCAAAGUAAACAACUGUCUCACUGCAGGUUGGACCUUUAUGCUGAACCAAAGCUGCACUCGGGUGCUUCUGUAUAUUAGCAGGUAGGCCUACCCUCCAAAGAUGGGUGUUAUUCUCUCCUCUGCGACCCUCCUGGGUCCCUCUUCAGGUGCUAGUUUGCUUCAACCCACGGGACAGCAGAACAGGAACUUGAAGGGCACCUGGAAGAGGGGGACAAGAAACAUGAAGAAUGAACAGCAAGUCAAGAAGCCUGAUCAAGCUGACAAAUUUUUAUUUUUCCCCACACAGGUUAUAUAUUGAUAGGAGCAGGAAGAGGUGUGAAGUUGGGUCGCUUUGUCUCUGUGCAAUGUGCCUGUUCCCAGGAUCAGGAUAUUGACAGUGGGGUUAAACAGUUCAGGAGGAAGAUCUGAACAGAAUGGGUUAUUAGGUACAUGUCCACAAGAUUUAUAGCUAUUUGUUCUCCACUGACAUCAAGAUCUAUGUCUAUUUGUAUUCAGCUGAGCUAGUAAUUUCCUACAGAGGUCAAGACUUUGUGACAGCAAGCACUUAAGGCAGUUAAUGUUCAAACAAGGUCACUCCCAACAGAGAAAAAUUAAAGCAAUGUACUUUCUGGCUUCU